AUGACAAGCACAGCUUCACAAACACCUUCCAAAAAGCCGACCGGGAAAGAAGAUGAAGUCCACUGGUUCCACUGUCAUGGUGAUGUAUCGCUUCGUACCACCAAUAAAAUUAUUUUCAAGUUCUACUCCUAUCGUCUCGAAUGUGUGAGCACUGUGUUCAAGGACAUGUUCGAGAUCGGCGGUCAAAACACAUCAACGGGUAACAAACGCAAAUCACCUCCCGACGCUGAUGUUAUCGAUGUUGGGUUCAAUUCGAAAGUCUUGGGAAUCUUUCUCGACAUGAUCAACGUUCCCACUCCGGCUCCUCCAGCCACCAACUUCUCGUCUUCUUUGGCUCUAUACGAGUUCUGCGAAAAAUUCGACAUCCAUCCCCGUCUCAGAGAUAUAAUCAAGAAUCGACUUCUUCAAUGUGCCCGCUACAAUUUUGCUUGGGAUCUUCUGAUAUGGUCAGCGGGAAGGGAUAAUAUCGAGAUGGCACGAAAAGCAUUAGAGAGGAUGACAAGUCAGGUAUUCUUAUGCCCUCAGAUGUACGAUGAAAAUCUAUUUCGAGUCAUCAUUCCAUUUUGGGUGGCAAUGUCAAAACUACCGAGGGAUUGGCAAUACGAUCUACUUCGACUCACUCUUCUCUCGCCUCCGACAAUGUGGGUUUACGGCUCCCAUUCGGAUCAUAAAGCCCUCAUGGAGGUAACUGAAGAUUGGGUCGAUGUCGCUUCCAAAUUCGAUCCUUCAAAUUGA